GGGGGAUCCUCCCUACAUACAGCCUGUGAGCUCAUCACACUUUUAAUUAGACCGGAUACGACAAUUAUUGGGAAGUCAGCUGACCUCUCUCAGCCCUUUAAAAGCAGCUUGAGUCAAACCUUCAGCAGGAUUUAGACACAGAGGCUCAACCAAGUUUCAGGUUUUCAGGACGAUGCCUUCCACUAUAUUUUGCUCUGUUAUUUUUGUGGCUUGUGCUGUGACUUUUAGUGCUGCUCAGACAAGCUGCAAAGGACGAUGUGGUGGUGAAUACUACAGAGGUUAUGACUGCCAGUGUGAUUAUACCUGCCUGAAUUAUGGUGAAUGCUGUGAUGACUAUGAAUCAAAAUGCACCACAGUAAACUCAUGUCAAGGUCGGUGUGGAGAAUCCUUUAAGAGAGGCCGGAAGUGUACUUGCGACCCCGAUUGCAUCAAGUACAACCAGUGUUGUCCAGAUUUCAAGGCCCACUGUGAUGCAGAAGAGCCAUCUCUGAAUGAAGCAACAGAGCCACCAUUCAGCGAGGGAGACAAUGAAGAUGACCAUUCACUUCCGAUGGCCAGUCCAUCAUCAUAUCCACAAGAUGAUCUCAGUGAUGAUAUGUACGGCCAGAGCGUUCCCACUGAUGAGUAUACCAACAAUGGACCAGAGGAUCCAUUGGUAAGACCUACCCCAGAAAGCACCAGUGGCUAUGGACCCUCUACUGCUGACCCGCUGGAUCAAGUUACCACUGAACCCACGCCACCUACAGACCCUCAGACACAGAUGACUCCCUCAGAUAAUCAACCAACACAGGCCAGUGGAGAAGUUCCCACUGAGAGUGCAGAUGUAAGUGAUCCUGAGACGACCAGCUCGCCUGACUCAGGAACAACUCUUCCUCCAGCCUCCACAGAAGUUCAGGAUGUCUCUAGCCAGCCUACUACAACCUCAGCGCCCCAAACAGACCCUAAUGCCACAGCUAACCCUCCAGAGCCAGAGCCAGAGCCAGAAGUGCAGGCAGGGGAUACAGAUCCAACUGAAGCCCCCACCACCACAUCCGACCCACCUGUGGCUUCAGUAUCCACAGAGCUCAAACAGGACUCCUCCACAGGCUCAGAAGACGCCACCACCUCUGCCUCUAUAAUGCUGGACCCAACACCCAUCCCAGACGGAACCACUUUAAAGCCAGAGCCAGAUGGUACUGGAGGCGACUCUGGGGACGCCACAACAGACCCUUCCUCUUCUCUGCCGGACCUUCAAGAUCCCUCCACCGAUGGUUCUCCAGCAGCAGAGAUUGAUUCCCUGACAACCCGCGUUCCCUUAAUCACAGAUGCGCCACAAGGUGACACGAAAGAUGAUGCCACGCCAGGAGAAACCACUGCUGAUCCACUACAAGUCACCCCAGAACCAACCAAGCCCCAACCAUCUGAACCCACCUCAAAACCUCAGGUCAAACCUGGCCCACACAAGCCACUUCCGACUAAACCAACUCCAUCUAAACCCAUCUCCAAACCUGACACAAAGCCUAUGGAUCCUUCGCGAACUCUGAAUGUAGACAACCCUAGAGACUACCAAGGAGAUGAUAGCAAUGAUACAAACCUGUGUAGCGGACGGCCGGUCAGUGCAGUCACCACAUUGAGUAAUGGAACAAUAGCAGUUUUCAGAGGGCACUACUUCUGGUUUCUGGAUAGUAACAGGGUGCCGGGUCCUGCCCGUAGCAUCACACAAGUGUGGGGCGUCCCAUCCCCCAUUGACACUGUGUUUACCCGUUGCAACUGCCAGGGGAAAACAUACAUCUUCAAGGGAAACCGAUACUGGAGAUAUGAAAAUGAUGUUAUCGACACUGGAUAUCCACAAUUAAUUGAAACAGGCUUUGAUGGGCUUCGGGGCCACAUCACAGCUGCUCUGUCUGUGCCUCAAUAUCGUCAGAGGAGAGAGUCAGUCUACUUCUUCAAGAGAGGGGGAAUGGUCCAGAAAUACUCAUACAAGUUUGGUACCAGUCCAACAUGUGGUAGGAAAGUCCAGUACACCGUUACCACAAUCCGCAACCGAUUGGCUCGACAAGCAGUGUCUCUCUUAGGGCCAACAAUUAACAUCAGGAAAUCCUGGACAGGUUUCCCCUCCACCAUCACAGCUGCUGUGUCCAUCCCGGCCAUCAGAGAACCAGAGGGAUACAAAUACUACGUCUUCUCUAAAUCCAAAUCCUACAACAUCAGGGUGGAUGCUGCACGUCCCGUCAUUGCUGCCCCUAAACCCAGCACGUCACCUCAGAGCAACAGCGUCUUCAAAUGCCCAAAGAAAGUCUGAAAACCAGACUGUUCAAAAGAAAUCGUCUUCCAAAUUUUCAUGGUUUUUAAAGUUUAUUACAUUCUUCAUAAAACACAUUGCUUCAGCAUGGACUGAUAAGAAAAGGUACUUUCUAAGUACAUUAAAAAAAACUAUCGUAAAACAAAAAAACACAACAGGCUUCAGAGCAAGUGAACAUUAUCAUGACUGAAUAUAGAAGCUCAACACUCGGAUUUAAAAAAUAUAUAAUGUGGUUCUGGGGGGGAAAGACAAGUUCUGCAGUCAUGUUUGUCCAGUUUUAGUGCUUCAUCUGGCAAAUCGUCUCCCAUGUAUACCCCGAGAGGGAAAUGCUUGACCUGUUGGAAUAUAAAGAGAGCUUUUUAAGACCAAGCCUGCUAUACUGGUGUAAAGAUUAUUUGCAGUGGCUGUAUAAAAUGUGAAAUAUGAUGACCUUAUUGAAAGAAUUAGUUUUAUAAUGCACAAUACACAGUACCAGUGAAAAGUUUGGACCCAUUUGAAGGUUUUUUCAAACUUUUGACUGAUACUGUGUUCAUUAAGUGCUAUGAUCGGGUAAUUAAAAUAAAAAAAAGAGCUUUGUCAGGAUUUGUGCAGACAACAUUAUUGCUGGUCAAAAACUACUGGGCUUAACAUUCAGUGCUAUUUUUCAAGCAUGCAAUUUUUAAAGAAAUAUAUAAUUAAAGAACAAUAAUAUUUUAUUGUUAAGUCUGAAACAUUAACGAUGAAAUGUGUAACUUUUUAUUUGGUUUGCAAUAAAGAUGCAAUGUUAUUAUACAA